CGUCGUGUCCCAUGCUCCGUCAUUUUCAGUCUCGAGGUAGCAAACGAUUCACCGCACGCUGCUGCGCUUUUCUCCAUGCCCGGGCAUAUCAAUACACGUAUCUGUCGCUAAGGUGUCGAUCGUCGCGCGCGCACUUAUUGCAUCUAUUCGCCCUCCCAGCGGAUCGGUUUUACAGUUUUGGCAGUCUUUUGUCUAGUACCUAAACCACCGCCCAGUGUUGUACAGCAUUAGAAGCAUUGUUCGCGCAUUGCUGGUUUUGGAAUCGGAAAGGUCCAGCACACAGUGAAGUAGCAGCCGCAGCGGCGCACAAUAAUAAAAGGGAGCAAGAGCGUCGUGUACGAGCGCACGCGCACGCGCGCGCAUUUGACGUUUGUGUGUAGGCGUACGUGCGCCGAGUGCGUUUGGGUGAUUGGUGUGUGUGUGUGUUGUGUGUGUGUUUGCAUAUGCUGGGGCGAGAAAGAGAAGCCCAGAUCCUUCCGCUCGGAUGCUGUCUGGAUUGGCAGUAAACGGAGCCUUUGCCAUCUAGAACAAGCUGUGUUUAAAAAAAGAGAAAGAUAAAGGAGAGAAAGAGAGAUAGAGAGAGAUAGAGCAAGCACGAGAGCAGAACCAUAGUGCGUGACAAGCUAACCUGUGCGCGCACCAAAAAAACAAACCCACCGAGCUGCAUUUGCGCAUAUUGCACCCGCACGACGGCGUUUUGGGAGUUGAAGAACCUUUUAAUUUUCCAUUUCCACCCUGCCCUGGCGGUUUGUGGUGUGUGUGUGUGUGUGGGUUUGGGUAAAGUGUUCAGCUUUUCAUCUUUUUUUUAGUGCUUGGUUGAAUGAACAGAGCACGGUCCACCCUGUCGUUGCUAACGCCAGAGUGCUCUGUUGGUAGUAGAUCGUUUAGAAGUGGCCAGAGUCGAUCGUGUUUGCAUUUUCCCGAUUUGCCGAUCUGGUUUGGUGUUGUGAUCGUGAUCCGGUCGUUGUUUUCCCUGUGCUGCACCUUUGUUAAAUUUGUUACGUUACCAAGAGUUUGAUUUUUAGCUAUUGACACAUCGAGUUUGUAAUUAAAGAAAGAGGCAGAAAAAUAGCUCAUAAUAAUUCCAGUGCCGAGAGUGUGUGGUAAAAGAAAGUGGUGACAAAAUCCUAAAGUGUAUUCUUGUAAAACCAAGGGCCAUCAUCGGCGAUUGCACACAUAGAUUGCGUGCGUGUAGUAAGAUAAAGAUUUUAACAGGCCGCGCAGCAGCAUCCAAUUGCGAUUGGACGGAAGUUUCAUCUCGCUCUCAAGUGUGUCCAGCUUCGUCAAAGAGUGUGUCAGCGUGUGCAGCUAAAGAAAUCGUUCAAUUGCUUCAGAAGGGGCUAGCUCUAGCUGCGUGUGUGCGCGCGGACCCAACAGGACUGUGACUGUGCGGCGUGAGCCAACGAGUGUGGACGGGGAUCGUCGGCGAGAAUCGGUUGAAAUAAGCAUCAAGACAAUCGCGCACCGAGCGGGCACAUUUAUGUGCAAACAAUCUUAAACACGUUGGGUAGAGGCCAUGAUGUCCUGCCCCCUUCCAUUGCCAUUGCCACUACUUCCACCAGCACUGCACGCAGAUUUCCCUCCGGUGCACAUCGGAGUUAAGCGGGGCCUUAAUCUUUUCGAGCGAGGAAGCGACGAACUACUUAGUCAAGCAGCUGUUAUGGCUCCAGCGUCGGACAACAACAACCAGGAUCUCGCCACCAAGAAAGCCAAACUGGACAGCACCAACACAGUGAUCGGUAUGGGCAUCACGAAAACAUCGCGCGUGGUGCACAUCCGCAACAUCCCGAACGAGGUGAGCGAAGCCGAAAUUAUGCAGCUCGGGCUGCCGUUCGGACGCGUCACGAACGUGCUGGUGCUGAAGGGCAAAAAUCAGGCAUUCAUCGAGAUGGGCGAUGAGACGGCUGCCUCGACGAUGGUGAGCGUGUUCCACGCCAAUCCGCCACCGCUGCGGGGCCGUACGGUUUACGUGCAAUACUCCAACCAUCGGGAAUUGAAGAUCGAUCAAAACCAUGCAAUUGCGAACGUUACGAACGCGCUGCAAGCACAGGAUCUCACGCAGUCACCGACCGGGUCGCCGUUGCCGCUAUCGAUCGAACAUACCAACAGCAACUCGCAGAACGCCAGCAGCAACAACACGAACAACAGCUCCACGACACCGAGCAGCGGUGGUGGUGGUGGUGGCGGCGGCAGCGGUGCACCCAACACCGUGCUCCGGGUAAUCGUCGAGUCGCUGCUGUAUCCAGUUUCGCUUGACGUGCUGCAUCAGAUAUUCCAGCGGUUCGGAAAAGUGCUGAAAAUUGUCACCUUCACCAAAAACAACUCGUUCCAGGCUCUGAUACAGUAUCCCGAUGCGCAGACUGCCCAGACCGCGCGAGCAUCGCUGGACGGGCAGAACAUCUACAACGGGUGCUGCACGCUGCGCAUCGACAACAGCAAGCUGACGGCACUGAACGUGAAGUACAACAAUGACAAGUCACGAGACUACACCAACCCGUCGCUGCCGUCCGGUGAGCCGGGCAGCGACGUCAUCGCGAGUGCCGGCGGGCUGGUAUCGGCGAGCGAUCUGCUCCUGCUGGCGACCGGUCAGCGACCGCAGCUGUCCCGCGACCGACUAGUCAAAUUAGACAAAUCUCCCUAUUUUCUAGUGAACGGCUUAGCGACGCCGGGCGUGAUGCCACCGUUCGGGCUCGGGCUCGGUACGCCGGCACUCGCGAGUGCCUACGGUGGCGCCCUGCCCAGCCUGAACGCGUUCGCGCUCGCAUCGAACGGUGCCCUCGGAACGCCGAACCCGGCCAACGUGCGGGGACUCUCCAACGUGCUGCUCGUUUCCAAUCUCAACGACGAGAUGGUCACGCCUGAUGCUCUAUUUACCCUCUUUGGAGUGUAUGGUGAUGUACAACGUGUAAAGAUUCUCUACAACAAGAAAGAUUCAGCAUUGAUUCAGAUGGCUGAACCCUACCAGGCGUAUUUGGCUAUGACCCAUUUGGAUAAGCUUCGUAUCUGGAACAAAACGAUCCGCGUGAUGCCGAGCAAACAUCAGGCGGUGCAGCUGCCGAAGGAGGGCCAGCCGGACGCGGGACUGACCCGCGACUAUGCACAAAACCCGCUGCAUCGAUUCAAGAAGCCGGGCAGCAAAAACUACCAGAACAUCUAUCCACCAUCUGCUACACUGCAUUUAAGCAACAUUCCAGCUACCGUAACCGAGGAUGAAAUCAAGGAAGCUUUCACCAAGAACAGCUUUGAAGUGAAAGCUUUCAAAUUUUUCCCGAAGGACCACAAGAUGGCGCUGAUACAGCUCAGCUCGAUCGAGGAAGCGGUGUGCGCGCUGAUCAAGAUGCACAACUACCAGCUGUCCGAGUCGAACCAUUUGCGCGUCAGCUUCUCCAAGUCCAACAUCUAACUGCGAGCGCCCGCGUACGCGAGCGCCAAACACGGUACAUCGCCGGUACAGCUGCCAGUAGUAGUUCCACCACCUCCACCACCACCACCAUCUACCCCGCCACCAACACCGCCGCCACCGCCACCACCGCCACUACCAUCUGCUCGCCCGCCCACGGCAUCGCAUUCAUCAUCGAGCGGUCCCGCUUCGGUCAGCGACGAGACCAUCACCGGAACUAGCAACACGGCGUCAAACUCACCUACCACCACCACCACCACCACCUCCGCCUGCUCUUCCUCCCCACCUACAAUCACAACAACAACAACAGCGACCUCGGCAUGAUCGCGGUAAGAGACGCAGCACGGUACCGAACGAAACACGGUUGUUCCCCGUUUUGGUGGGGAGAGGAUAGCAACGGUGGCACAGCAAACAAAAACAACUGCAGCUAAAUACGAGCUAAGAAAGCAGCACAUACACGCCGUCAAUAUGAUGAGACGGGGCUCCGCCAACCGGGUCCUGGCCAAACAUGCGUUUACAGUAGCCUAACGAGAGAACGAGUCGAAUAGCACGGAGAGUGAAGAAACAAAUCUUUUUUGCAUUAUCAUAAAAACACGUGUUGUUGUAAUCCGAAACCUCCUGCGUUAGCGUCGUGGCUCGUUGCGUAUGAUGCAAACGUGGUUUGUUUGCAUUGCGUACAAUCGUCACUACUCCUGGUACUGCUGCUGCUGCUGCUGUUGUUGUUGCUGGGGCAAUCAAACAUUGAUUAGAAUAGAAACGAGAAUAGUAAGGAGUAGAUGAGGUACAGAAGAAUUAUGAAUCUGCAUUAGAAUCUGCACAGCAGCAGCGCAGUAGUAGGUAGUGUGGUUGCUGCAGCAAACAAAAGCGAACGCGGAACGGGAAGGAUACAGAUAAGAGAAGAAGAAGAAGAAAAACAACAAACAAAAACACACAUAAAAAACCAACACAUAGACAGUAGAGACAAGUUACUAUUUGAACAUGAUUAAUGUAAGGUGUAGAAUGUUAGUAGUGAAACAUCUGAUGUUGUACUAUCAUUACAGGAACAUAGGUUGGAAGAGAGAACGGUGUGGAGCAAAAACUCUAUAUACACAUAUACAUAUAUAUACAUAAAUCUAUAUCAUCUCUAGCUGAUAUACUUGUGCAAUGGAAACAGAGAAAAGGGAGAUUUUAAUCCUUUACGGGGACUUAUGUGUUUGUGUUUGUAUUUGUGAGUGUCUAUGUACGCGCUGGGGUUAACAAUGCUGCACUGUAACAAUUGUGGAUAAUAGUUUGUUUGUUCAUGUUGAGUCUUGCAACUGUUACAAGCUCGAGAUCGUUCGAACCAUGGAGCAAACGGAACAAAACCUUACGCACAUACACAAACACAAAUAUUAACAAAAAUAGCAAAAGAAACUCCUAUCCGGGCGCGCAAGUAUAGAGCAUUACACAGACACGGAAGCAAAUUCUUAUCACGUCCAUUCGAGACGAACCAAAAGCCAAGUCAUUUCAAAGCGAACAGAUCAACAGAGUGUUUAAUGGGAACAAAAUAUAUCUUUAUGUCGAAACAAAAGAAAAACAUAACAAAAAAAGGAAGAAAAUGGGAAGAAAGCGGGCAUGGUAGAAAUGGUAAAAUGCGUUUAGAGAAUUGUUUAGCAAAUGCAGCACAGCAGAGAGAGAGAGAGAGAGAGAGAGAGAGAGAGAGAGAGAGUAGAGAGAAAACUAAAAAAUAUCAGUGACAAAAUAUCAAAAUCAAAACAAAAGAAACAAAAAUCAUUCGUAAACUGACAGGAACAAAUGAGAAGUAAAGCUAUUCGGGGGGAUAGGUAAAUAGAGUGUUGUAUUAAAUUUACAUAAGAGAAAACAAACACACAUACAUACAUCAAUCAUAUACACAUUUUGCAAGCGGAGGUAUAAAGCAAGAAAAGCAAACCGAUUCAAGAGCAGCCAAUAUGAUGCACCACCACAGCACUGCAUACCAGGUAUGGGUGCGUGUGCCCAGUCGGCCGCCAAUCGCAUGGAACGGUAUGGGUAUAUUAUGUGCGUGUGUGUAAAAUAAUGUAAGCGAAUUUAGUAAAUUUGUAGUAGUGUUGAAGUUUGCUAGUUGAUGGAAUCAUGAUCAUGAAGCUAUUGAAGACCCCCGUGUAUGUGCUGUCAGCAAAAUCCGUUUUUUUCGGAGCAUGAGGAAGGCAAUCAAAUCAAUCAAUCAAACCCCCGGAAGUGUGUGCACCUAUACAAACACACACACACACACAGAUAGGUACCAUAGAACCGCCAGAAAAGCCAUCUCACGAUCGCUCUCCUGCAAAAACACCCAAUUAACACAGAAAUAUUUAAACGUUGUUUCUCCAAACCGAAAGCUACACCCAAACCAGUUACAUGUAGGUGUGACGAAAAACGAGCCGCAUUCGCAUCAUGCAGAGCGUCUCGAUAGCGCAGGAUUUGGGGUGGGUUUCUUGCUCGUAUCUUUCUUCGCCUCGACGCCAGAGUUUACUACGGCAUGGAAAGGGAAACGCACAGAACUAGAGGCUUUGUGUGGGUGUUAGCAAAAGUUCAUAAAAAGGCGAGCGUAAGAGAAAGAGUACAGCAAAGUACAGUACAGGGACGGGGACAGUACAGUAUGCGUAGGGAAGGUAGGAACAGUUCAGGAUGGUGCAAGCCACGAUUAGCGAAACCUUCAAAUCAAUUUAAAUCCACCGCGGCGCCGCUGCCCACUAACAGGCGUAACAAAUCAGUUUUGCUUAUUCCCUUUUCCUUGCACCUCUUUACGUUUAUCGUAUCCCCAUUUCGUUUCCACUCAUGGUGCGACUUAUUCUCGAAUUUCAAAUACAUGGCAGUUGAUUUGUAAGAUCGCGUUUAGUAGUAGUAUACGGUAUGAUAAAUGAUCUUUCCUCUCGAUGCUUCAAGCAGUACAAUAGGAUUUACAAGGUCAGGAUGAACAAACACCCAGACAGAGAUAGAGCAGAACAGGAGAUACACCGGGUUACACCAACCGGGGUAGGUAUUAUUUGACAUUUAAGGCACUGGGCAGGACAAAAGGCAGCUGGACCCUGGCGAUGGCAGGAGCUAGAUGGGGGCGAUAUAUUUGAAUUUGAAAUAAUUUUCCAGUAUUGUUUAGGGUAUCUGUUAAGAACAGGGAUUAAACGGGCACUGGGCAACCAAUUAAUGCGUAGAUUUAUUAUCGCUAUUAUUAUUAUUAUUAUUAUAGUUAUUAUUAUUAUGACUUUGAAUUAUUAUUGUAAUAAUUAUGAGUACGGAGUAAGCGUUAAUGCCGGUGUGGUUGUAUGUGUGCGCUGCAAUAUUUUCUCUUGUAUCGUCAACUGACGACUCAUUAGGGUGGUAAACUGAUCUUGCUUUCUACAGACACAUAUUCGUUAGUUUGCUCUCGCACGGAAGAGCCGUUAGAACAAAACUGCCUACCAACUGUUUUCUUUAUUUUCACUAUUUCUCACACUCCGUUUUUUUUCACUCUGCCUUAUCCCAUUUGUAUCUUCUUUUCUCUCUUUCUCUGUUUUAUUUUGUUUGCACCAAUCGGUUUAGUAAAGUUGCUCUGUGCAAUUAUUGUGUGUGUUUCCAAAUGCUUCCUUUUUGUGUUCACACUUUCAUGUUCGUGCUCUCUUUCACUCUUUUCCUGUGUUUCAUACUCUUUCUGUUAUUCAAUUUACUGUACUUGUUCGUUAUUUUCUCUAUCACGUUUCUGUCUCAACGGAAUAAGAGACUGCUGUUUUUCUCUUUCAUCUUAUUUUUCUUUUGUUUUGUUACACUUAGGGUUAGCUUUAGCAAAUAGAGAUUUAUUAAAUACAGAGAGACCAAUUGAGAUUGAGAUUAUAAUACAGUUUUUUUUCUUUUUCUUUUUGUUAUUAUAUCGUCUGACGAACACCGUGGUAAGACAAAACAAACAUGACAUCGAUUUAAGCUAAAUUGUUGUCUUAUAUUUACAAAGUGGAGCAUUCUUGUUUGAUUAAAUCAUUCCGUUUAUUCCACUGCUGAUUUCUUUUACUUCCCCAUUUUCGGGGUCUUAAAACGUUUUUUUUUUAUGGAAGCGUUUCGCUUAAUGGUGCAAUAUCGUUGAGAACAGCGAAUGGAAAUUUCUGUUGUAAGAAGUUUUUCCUUCCCCCUCUCCUCCCUUUCCCUCUGCAAGAAAAAGUAGAAAACACCCACUCUACCAUGAGUUUUGGGAUUUAGCUUUUUUCUUUGUUUUUCUCUUUCCAUUUUCAAUGGCUUUUUCCUUGUGUUCAAGCAUGUAAAGAAAACACAAGCUUAACUUUUUGUUACGUACGGCUGGCGCAUUGUAUAGGUUGUAAAGAGCGAGCAAGAUCGUUUGUUGAUGUUAAUGUUUUUGGAAGCAAAAGCGACCAAACCCCGCAUGAUAGGGAUGGCAGCUUUUGUUUUGUUAGUUUGUUUGUUUGUUUGCUAAUCGAAUACAUUUCAUUCCCCGGGAAAGGAAAGCAGAUGGAAAACAGGGGUUACUACUGCUUCUAUCACAGCAUACCGUCUGCCGUCAGCCUCAGGCGUGUUGUUUAGACGGUACGGCAUACGGUUGGGACAAUGUGAAACAAGCAACGUGAAAAUGGAAGGAUACGAACAGAGUCAGUAAUAGAAGUAUGGUAACGGAAGUAGUAUGGAAAAAAUGAAAAAAACAGGGAAACAGAGCGAAACAGAGCGAAACAGAGAAAGAAAGAAAAGAAAACGGGUUUGCUGAGAGAGAAAAAAAGCAUAAAAAAUCGAGUCAGUGAGAAUAAGAAGAAAAUUAAAUCUAUCGGCACAACAUCGGAGAUAAUUUUCUAUUUAAAAACAAAAAAACACACACACACACAUCCUCACAGGAAUCAUAACAAGUUUAUUAGACAAUUGAUGGAAAAUUUAGAACAAAAAGAAGAAAAAAAACAAAACAAAAAAUUAGCAAAUAAUUGAUAGCACGUGAAUGCUGUUUGAAAGUCGAAAAGAAAACAUGAAGGCCAAAAGAAAAAGAUAAAUAGAACGAUUAGCGAACUGUGCACAACGGAUGAUCCUCCGCAUGCAUAACGAUCAAUAGCUAGAGAUCGUGCGCAGUGGGGGACAACAAAACAACCCUCCCCACUCCCCAUUUACAACAACUCAAACCACUCAUUCACCCCCCGUGCAAAAGAGGCGUAGAUAAUCAACAGAGCAUCAACAGUAGAGGAAGAAACGGUGUUACCGAACAAAUGUAACGUUAAACGGUUAGGAGAUGAAGAGAUGGAGAGAAUCGAGAAUCAAUCAACACAGAUCGUCAUCAUUAAAACACACACAACCACACUUUCUUUACACAACAACAACAACAACAACAAAAACACACCUUUCUCUUUCUCUCUGUCUCUUCUUUGUAUAUCGCGCAGCUGAAGGAUGGGAAUCAAAUUAGCGAAAAAUGUGCAAACAUGCGACACGGCCUCGCUCCGUCACUACGCAUCUCAAACGAUGGACGGACGGACGGACGGAGGCAAUCAGUGUCGCAGUUGCAGUUAGGCAGGUCAAGCGAAUCACUCUAUAUUGAACCAAAUCUCUGAACCCCUACAGGCGUGCGUACGCGAACAAUGGAGCUCGUGUAAACACAGCCUCUAUGUCAACCGCGAUGGAGACGCACAGUGUGUGGUUCAACUGAGAUUGAAAUAUUAUAUGUAAGAGAAAUCUCGACAAUCAGAUGAUGUUAUAUUUUAGCGAUAAAUCUUUAAACAAGAAAACCGACAAAACAAAUGGAAAAAGAAAACUGAAUGGUCUAUAAGAGCAAGCUCUAUUAUACAUAUUACACGACCCAUACCCAACACGACACAGAACCACUUCCUCUGCUUACAAAAUCGCGUAAAAACACAAACAAACACACACACUCAAGCACACAGCCAAACAAACACAUGCAGCAGCAGCGCAGUAAACAAGGAAGGAAAAGAAAACACAAACCAUACCGAGCGUGUUGAGUGUGGGCAAACAAUGGUUGAAUCUUCUUCAUUAUGUGUAGCUUAUAUAUAAAUAUGACAUACAAAAACCAAUCGAAAACUAUCCUUAUCUUACCCCUUAGACCAGCAGGAGCCAAGCAAGCAAGCGAACAGAACAGAACAGAACAGAACAUGUAUGUGUGUGCGUGUUGCAUAUUUGAAAGUUGCAAAGGAUGGUAAUGUUUCAUAUUUGACAGAAACCUGGUCCCGCGCCUCCUCCAUGCCCAUACGAAGGCCCUAUUUGUACAUGAAGGUUGGCUUAAAUGGCCAUUUACGGAACAAUCAAAGCUAUGCUAAAAAGCGAACGAGAGACCGAGACAGGGACGAGGGGUGUGUCGGGUGAUCAACCGGAACAGGGUUUGAAGAGGAAAGAAAAAAACGAAAAACAAUUACCAGCAGCUCUCUUUGUGUAAACUUCUUCACACACACAAACACAUACGCUCUUAUACUAUUGCUCGAUCGCGAGUAGUAUCUUUGUUCACGCGCCCUCCUCACACGAUGCAUGAUGCGGGCAAAGGGUACGAUAGAAGAGCGAGAAAACGCUCGCUACGCUAAAGCGAUACAAUUAUCCAUUUGUGUUUGGUUUUAAGAUUCGCGUCUUUUUUUUAUUUUCUUUUUAUAUGGAUUUUUAUACUUUUCACUAUUUACUAGCCAUAAGUUUUCACUAUAAGAAGAUCGAUCGUUUACAACAUAAGCCUCCGGGGGAAGCAAACAAAACCAGAACAGAAUUACAGCAAGCUGCUACUAUUGCUACUAGUGUACUAUCUACUAUAAAUUACAAUAACUACUACUAUCACUCGAACACUAUUAUUACUUCUUUUUCCUCUACUAUUACUACGUCGUCUACCACUACUACUACUACUACUACUACUACUACUACUACUACUACGCUAUUACACUAUCACUAUUGAAAGCAUCUAUUCCAAUCUUUACCUCUCUCUUUCUCACUCUCUCUCUCUCGCUUUAUCUCUUUCUCCUCGCUACAAUUUCUCUUUCAUGCUCUGACCUGUGUGUGUGAUAAAUCGUUUAUUAUGACACGCACACAUGUACUAAAUGCAAUCGCUUCGCCAUAUUCUUAGAGCAUGGAACGAUUGCAGUACAUUGGCAUCACGGCCAACACGGGCAGCGGCGUUUCUCCAAGCGAGGUUUGCAUUCAAGGAUUUAUUUACCCUUACCCACACAACCCCCUCACCUCCUCCUGGUUCUCUCCUCAACGUGAAACAAAACACAAAAACAAAAUCAACAUAAAAGAGAUUUCAGAAAUGACGAGUUGUAAUGUACCGUGGAUCGCAAAUGUGUAUCAAACAUCCCGCACCGAUUAUGAGAGUAAUGACCGAUACGAUACUACUACUACUACUACUACUACACACCGCUAUAUAGAUAGACAUAAUGGGGGCACACACAGCGUGGGAACAGAAAUGGCAACCGAAAAUGCGGUGAUGAGAGAGUACGAAAUGGCAAACAUUAAAAAAAACAAACAAUCCCCCAAACACACACACACAAAACCACACGCCAACAGAGUACGUGUUUAUUAUAGUAAAAGUUGUGUUUCUUACGUCUUUUCUGUGUAGCGUUUAAGCGUUAAGUGGGGAAAAUUAAGCAAACAAACCCGGUAUAAACGGUGUAAGAUAAGUAAGAUAAUUUAAAACCUGUAGCUUUUCGAAAGCUGUACUGAACGAUGGGAUUGAAAGCGAAGGAAUGAAAAGAGAGAAGAGAGAGAGAGAGAGAGAGCGAAAGGAGAAAGGAGAAGAAAUGGAAAAGAUUGCACGAUCGAUGUCGUGUGUUGCCAAUCAUGGUUUCCUUUCCACUUUCUGUUUUGACUAUUUUAGUGAAUACGUUUUUUUUUAAUUUCAUUUUUUUCUACUUAUUACUACGAUCAUACAAACAUAUACAAGUCUGUCUCGCCCUCCGAAACACACCUACAUAAACACAGUGAAAAUAAAAAGAAGAAGAAAAAAAACACACACACUCCUCCAACUGUGUGUACACGUAGACAAAACAUAUCCCAAACAUCAAGCCUAGUUCUCGAUAGGGAAGAGUAGGCACUGAAAGGCUCUAAAAGCAGCACAUACAAGAAGGAAGAACAAACCGAAAACGAGAGCAGAAAAACGUGUACGUGUGUGAGUAUGUGUACGUGUCGGUGUGGGCGAGCGAUUGACUGUGGUAGAGCCCAGCGCGUAUUACAACAGGGUGCGAACAGCCGAACAACUAUGUUCCAUUUAAUUUACCUGUACUUUUUUUUUAAAUAUUACAAACUGUCGUCUCCCCUUUUUACUAUAUGUUUUAAGUUUAAAACAAUCUAUAUCUAUAUACUUAUAAGUUGCUUGGAUAAUCAAUAACUGUUACUACAAGAAAACUUAAAUACUACUAUCAAUAAAAGUCUUUAAACUAAAAAAAACCUAUUGCUGCUACUUUGCUAUCAUUAUUACUUCGUUUGUCUUCUCUCUUUCUGUCGAUCACACUUUACUGCUACUAUUCUUCCCUCUAUCUUCUACUGUAGUUCUCUUUACAGACUUCACUCUACUGUCCUUACACUCUGCACGUAUGGGCGAAAAGGAUGGUGCUGUCUCCUUCUGCUCUGGACGGCAUACAUUUCCACUAUUCUCUUGUCGUCUUCUGCGGUUAGCUGUCGUUUCUCCUUUCCGUCUUGUUGCUUUGUUUGUUUUCGAUCUGUUGCUAUCUUCGUGCAGUUUCAUCUUCGUUCUCUUCUACACCCGUUAGUGUGCGCUGGUUUGCCAAUUCUUUCUCCUUUCACUGAAUCUAUAUUUGUGAUUUGCGUUAUCUCUAAACAAUCUUUUCCCUUUUUUCUAUUUUCAUGUUACUUAAUUAUGAUUAAAAAAAAACUCACGAGCAAACUAAACAUCAGUGUAAAAAUGGAUAUUGAUUGUACUUUCCCCUUUUUCGUAACCCUGAAAACCCCGUUGCUUUAAUAGUAAUGAAAUGAAAUCUUUGAGUUAAAAAGAAGAAAAAUACCGAUAAGUACAAGAGGAUUAUGUUAUUUUAAAGCCGUUCAAUUAACCCUACAUCGAUGUAGAUCGUACGUGCGUGAGGAAAGAAACAUAUCAUCACUGUCAUCUAUCGCUAUCACAAUCGUUACUUAAAUUACAGCAUCUGUCACACUAACAGUAAACUAGUCUAUUUUCAUGUCUUACUGUCUUUUCAUCAAGGUAACUUUCUUUCCUUUCUUCCUUUGCACACUGGUUUGUUUGAUGGAAAGCAUCAAAGUCUAUAUUUGGUGGUGUUCAUUGUCUGGUUUCUUAUUCUAGCUAUUUCAAUUAUUCUAUUCCACUGAUCUUUUUUUAACUUUUCUUUAUUCUACUCUUAUUUACACACUGAGUUGUUUGGUGCAGAGUUCUCUAGUUUUCCUGUUUGUCAUUGUCUGUUUUUUUUUUAUGUAAUCAAUUUUAUCGAUCUUCCUUUUCAUACUAUUCUUUAUUUUGCUCUCUUUCACUCUCUUUUUGUUUCAUUGUUUUAUUUUUCUUACUAAUCGAUCAUAGUUUUAAAACGUCCUCAUUGCUUUAAGUUUGGUGUAGUUUUUUUAGAAUGUUAACCUAUACCUCUCUUUUAACUAAUUACAGCUUACUUUUUCUUCUCUUCACAUUACUCUUAGUUCAUCAGUUUACUAACUUUCAAGACAGACAUAUUCUGCAUUGACUAUACUUUAAUCAUGUUUAACGUACAUUUUUCUUUCAUAACUAGACCAUCACUUAAAAUAUAUGAAUUAGUUAAAAACAUAAUACAAAGUAGUCAAUUUACCAACACAAAAGCAUAAAAAACGAGAGUAAUGAACCACUGUCAAAAGAAACGCAAGCUAGGGCUAUCAAUAGGCGCUUAACUAGUUGUUGUGUUUUACCCCCAAAAGGCAAGAUAUAUUGAAAGAAGAGCAAAUUAAACCAACGCUGCAUCAAUUAACUAUAGUCAUUUAGAAACCGUGAGUGUGAGUGUAGGUGACAAGUGUUUGCUGAUGAUCAAAUGAUAUAGAAAAACAGUAAUGCUACGAUAUGCGGACAUAGCAGACAUAAAUAUUUACAUGUAUAGUUGAAAACCACGUUAGCUUACAAUAGUUGGCUUUGUUUUGAAUUUGGCAUUUUUCAAUGCAUCAAUCCGUUGCGCGAAGAAUUAGUAAAGUAUGGAGUAAAGUUAACUGAUUUUAAUCAAAAGACAAGAAACGCUUUAAAUUUCGAGUGAAAGAAAAACUAGUAACAUACCACAGAUUGGAUUGAAAUCAGUUAUCCUAAUGUGACAUCACCACCAAUGUUGGGUCAGCAGUCACUGAAGCAAAACCGAAAGUCUUAUGAGAAUGAUGCUCGCUUGUGUUAUGCCGAACAACCGAACUCGAAAUGAUACGAAUAUGGUUAUACUUUUUGUAUGCAUGUUUCAGGUAAAAAUUUAUGUAGAAAUUGCUUUUGAUUACACAUUUGUACCAUUUGCUUCCUUAGCAUAAAGGAUGACUUUAAAUGAGGCGUUUGGAAAUUUUAAAUUAAAAUUAAAAUACACAAAAACUUGUCAAGUUAAUAAAAAAAACCUUGACAUAACGAACUGCGCGUCAACGAUUGACAUAAUUAUAAGUUACACCGGUUAAUAGAUAUUGCAAGAGCUAAUGUUACAUUACUGAUGUCAUUAACUAAUUUAUUAUCAAACUGUUGUUAUUGACCGAUUUAAACUAUAAAUCUGAUGAAGCUUACUCUCUUGUCUUUAUUAUUAUUCCUCUCGUUUUAUUAUUAUUCCUCUCUCUCACCUCUUUGAAAGUAUCUUUUUUCCUAUUUUCCUGUUGGUCUAUUUUUUCUUUACCAAUAUUAUACAUUAGCUACUAGAAAUAUUCACCGCACAAAGCAAAAUUCUAGUCCCACAAAUAUGCCAAAUGAAACAGAAGCUACAAAAAGCUACAACAUAACCAUUGGCCCCUCCGUGCAAUGGAAACGCAUUUCGGUCAUGGUCAAGUGUUAUGUUUUCAAAAUCCUCUUGUUGGAAAACUCAACCCAUUGGAAUGGUGGAGUAUAAAAACCAAAAACAAAAUUAAGAACAGAACAGAAAAGAGAUAGAGACUUUAGCCAAAUGGAACAUACAAUGAGUACAUAUAUACCUAGUUUAUAUAAUUGUAAGAUGGAAAUCGGAGCAAGCAUGUGGAUUUAUUUAUUUAAUUCGGGUUAAAUAUGAAACAAACAUUAACAUCACAAAACAGUAACACAACAGUGUGAACAAAAGGAAAGAGAAAAAGUAACAUUUCUUGACAGUAAAGCCCAUGGUAGAAUGGAAGGUGUAGGGAAGCAGUAUCAAGAAAAAACCAAAGCACAUCUGGUGCAAAACACCGUAGUCAAAUUGUGUAGUAUUAAUUACUCUCUCUCUCUCUUUCACACACACACACACACACACACACACACACACACACACACACACACAUACAAACACACGGAAAAAAUGCACAGAGAGUAUAACGUUCAGAGAGGCGCAAGAUACAGAAUGAGUAACCGGUAAAACGAUAUUGCAUACCUUUUAGGCGCAAUGGUGCAACCUUCCACGCAGCCGUCAGUUUGUUGAGCGUUUGCAGCAAACAUGCAUCAGAGUGCAUACUGUUUCGACGUGAAGUCUAGCAAAUCCGUGGCCAAAUUGUUGUUACAUUUUAGUAUACAUGUAAACAAAUGCAAAAAUAGAAAAUCAUAGUUGAAUAGGUAACUCGGAUUCGAUCGUCUCGAGAAACCCGGAAGCAAAUUUAUUUGCCAAAUUUACCUAAGAAUUGAAUUCGUCAUGUUUUUUUUCUUCAAAUGUGUUAAGCAAAACUCAUAACAAUUGCUAAAAUAGCUUUGUAAGAAAAGUUUUGUUA